UUGGCGCGGGAGGGGAAGCAGUGCGCAUGCGCGCGUGGCGCUGCGGGGCCAGCGCGGGUGUGACGUUCAGGCACGCGACGCGGGAGCUGGCGCCGGCGGCGGCGGCGCCGCCCGGGGCGGCGAGGCCGGGGCUUCGGACGGCCGGGAACCAUGUUCGGCUCCAGCCGGGGCGGUGUGCGCGGCGGGCAGGACCAGUUCAGCUGGGAGGACGUGAAGACCGACAAGCAGAGAGAGAACUACCUGGGCAACUCGCUGAUGGCCCCCGUGGGCCGCUGGCAGAAGGGCCGCGACCUCACCUGGUACGCCAAGGGUCGGGCGGACGGCGCGGGACUGAGCCGGGAGGAGGAGCUGGCGGCCGUGAGGCAGGCAGAGCAGGAGGCGCUCAUGGCGGCGCUAGGUUACAAGAACGUGCGGAAGCAGCCCACCGGCCUGAGCAAGGAGGACUUUGUCGAGGUGUGUAAGCGGGAAGGAGGGGACCACGAGGAGAAGGGAGUGGACCGGCUGCUGGGCCUGGGGAGCUCCAGUGGCUCCGCAGGCCGAGUGGCGUUGUCCCGAGAAGACAAGGAGGCUGCCAAGCUGGGGCUCUCCGUGUUCACGCACCAUCGCGUGGACAGUGGCCGGCUGGCGUCCUCUCCGGCCUCCUCCAGGAAGAAGCCUAGGUCUGAGGACGAGAAGGCGGAGCCAGGCCCCGAGGGCCACAGGAAAAGCAGAAAAGAGAAAAAAAAGAAGAAAAAGAAGAAGCACAAGAAAGAGAAGAAGAAAGAGAAGGCACACAGGAGCAGGGGGACUUCCCCACUGCCCCCAGCUCCUGCUGGGCCCGGGCGUCGCAGGCGCGACUCGGACUCCAGCUCCUCCUCACCCAGCUGUAAGAGGCGGCGGCGUGGCCACCACAGUGACUGAAGCCAGACCUGCUGACAGUUUCCAGCCUCCAGCAGACCUCCUCCCCGCCCCCCCUGCAGGGGCCCUGGCCCCAGAGACAGCCCCUGGCGGGAGGGCAGGGGGCAUAGCCUGGGGAGCCCCCGUGCAGCUUUGGGGUGGCCAAGUACAGCUACUUCUAUUUUUCUUUAAUUCACUCUUUGUACUUAAAUAAAGUUAUUUUAAGGGGAAAGUA